GUAUUUAAUACAGCAUCAGGCCAGGGAUCGGUAACAGAAGCGGACAUUGCCCCUGUCGUGGAGGUGGCUGCUAAUAAAUCAGUUGCUCCGCAAAAGAAACCCGUCGGUGCUCUUGAAGAAAACGCUAUAUUAUCCACAACACCGGUGAGAUCAGCAAGACACCCAACAGUAAGGGACGUGAUUCCUGGCUUAGCAUGGGACUACGUGCUAAACUACCUGAUGCCGAAUCUGAAUCAUGAUCACAAUAAUUUUCAAGACAAAAUAGAAACUUAUCUUGAUAAUAAUUCGAUCAAGUGCGGAUGUAUCAAGAAACUGAUGAUUGUCUGGGUGAAAUCCUGUGACUUGGAAAGGCUGUUGACGGAAGUGGCAAACGAAGGUGACAGUAAUCGCCAGGUGCAACUUUUGGAUGAUAUCAGUAUUUCCGACCAGACUUGUUCACCUUUCACCUUGCAUGUCUUCAAAUUCACAAAUGCUGAAACAAAAUUUGAGCGGUGUUUCCUAGCUGGAUAUUGCGCAUAUAUGAAAUGCAUUCAGACGAUGAAGACAGAGUUUAACGACAUUGCGUCUUCAUCCGUGUUAGAUCAAGGACAGUUGUUCAAGAAAAUGUUUGACGAGAUCAUGUCUAUUAAAGCAAUACAAGAACAAUUCCGCAAAUUCAAAGUAUCACUGAUAUACUUUGAUGAUGACAAGGGUAAAAGUCAAAGAGGAAGACUAAUUGACAUGUUGGACAAAGAGAUUCGCAGGUCAAACCCAGUGAUAUAUCUAAAAACAAGAGCACAGAUAAGCGCACAUUUCCAAAAUGAAACUUAUCAACCUGCUCAACAGAACGUUACACCAUUGUGAAUCAGUGAUAUAUUCUAAAAAGGAAACACCGAUACACAUUGAGCGAAACAUCGUUUUUAGACCGUUCAAUUCACUUGUUUCAAAUUAUGAACUUUAAGGUACUUAUUAAUAAAUGUAUGCUGCAAGACAACAUAUAACGAAACAAAAGUGGUAAAUUUUAAUUAAAAUACGUAAUGACUCACUAAUUCGCGAUUAGUGUUAGUUUUAUGGCUCUUUAGUAUUAACCCCGUCAAAUUCUAGCUAAUUAGAAAUAUGUUUUAUAAAUAAUAAUUAUUCCAUCCAAAGAAUGAUGCAAUUAGAAACAAUACGAAAUAAUGAAAUUUUGAUGAACAUGUUUUUGUGUAAAGUAUGCUUUUGCCGUUUAUACCGUUGUUUAUUUAUUGUUCUUACUACAUGCGUAUCAGAGUUGUUUGUGUAUGUUCUGAAAUUAUUUGUUAUACUACACUGACAUCAGGUUUUAACAUUGUAUAUGUUAAUCUAUGUGUAUUCGUGCCUGAUGCACUACAGGGUGGUGAAUGCAAUUAUAUUAUAUGAUUGAAAUUAGCUUUACUUCGGGAAUAACAUUCAUUUCUUCAUUGACAGUAUAUGGUUUUUAUUAUAAAGAAUUUUGGUAUGCUUAUUUAAGAAAUAGAAAACCUCACUGAGGGCCCUAUGGCAGAAUAGUGACCAGCCAGGCAGCCCCAAAUAGUAGUAUAUGGACCGAAGCCGAAGGCCAUUGGGCCUAAAGUGAGGUUUUCUAUUUCUUAUAUUAUACCGAACAUUUGUGUGCAGAUAAAUGUCAAUAGAAAUAAAAAUUAAUAACACAAGAUAAAUUCCAUAAAUAUUUAUCUGUUACUAUUAAGUGCGCGAGUUGUCUCCUUGCGAAAGUUGGACACGGAAAAAUUCGCUUCUUUAUACACAAUUCAUUUUUAUUGUAAAGCAUUUUACAUAUUGAUAUACAUCUUAUAUAAAGGUAACUGAUUAUAUAACAGAAAACAUGUUGCAAAACAUUGAUACCAAAUAUGGCAUUUAAUUUUUGUAUUUUUAAAAAUGAUCUGCAGUUGUAAAAAGGCAGUAUUUUGAACUUCUUUGUAUAGCCAAACAUCAUAAAUCCUAAGUUUUAUAAUCAACGUUUCACUUGUAAAGCCCAGUUUGUUUUUUCCGGGAAUAAAAGACCAUCAUUAGCAUCAUAUUAUUGACAAUUUUGAUAUAUGUUUUAUCAUUAUGACACAAACAAGUAAUUUUGAUCCAAAAUGUAUUUAUAUUGACCAUAUGAAAAUGUUUAAAGGCAUUCGGUCUAAUUCACCAUAAACAAUAUUAUUCUAAGUAGACAGUUUUACUCCGAGUACAUUUUUUAAAUAAGUGUUAUUGCGUUCUGUCUAAGACCAUAGCAUUUGAAAAACUCCAGAUCUCAGAUCCAUAGUUUAAAACUGGAACGAUCAAUUUAUCAUAUAAUUAAAUUGUGUGACUCAUUGUUAAAGUAGGGAAUUUUAAAAGACAUGGUUUUAGUUUAAAAAUCGCCUUUGCAGCUUGGCCAUUUAAAUUUUCGAUGUUUUUUAAAGGAUCCCCCUGAUGUAAAAGUAAUUCCUAAGUAUGUCAAAUGAUUAAGGAUCCCUAGCUCUUCAUUAUCGUAAGUGAAAUUCAUGUUUUGUUUUAAAAGCCCCCCCCCCUUCAUAAACACCACUACUUUCGUUUUUCUUACGUUGACGACAAGUUUCCAACACUCGCCGCAAUAAUAGUUUUUUUUAAGAAUCGAGUCCCAAUUGCAGGUUGCAUUCAUUAUCAGCAAAUAAAACGAUAUCAUCUGCAUAAAACGUUUGAAUAAAGUGAUUAAAUUAUAUUGUGUAUGUUAUCUCUAAUACCAAUUUUGCGUUUUUAUACCUAGCUUUUUCGAGAUUUGUAGUGAUUUCUCUUACUCAUAAAUACAUUUCCUAUUUACCGAUUUUGAUCUGAUUUGUCAGCUCUAAAAUUAUUUAAGGACGAGUAUAAUCUGUUCCUACAUUCUUCGCAUUACUCAUCAAACCACAAUUUUUUUUGACAAUCAAUAAUACUGUUUUGUUAUGAUUAUGAUUUAUAUUUUGAUUAAAACAGAGUCCCAUAUAUUUUUUUUGAACUGUUGAUAAAAAAGCAUUUAAAUUGUGUUCAAUACCAGAAAUAUCAUUUACAUCAUGUAAUUGAGUUACUAAAUUUCUUAAGCUAAUUUGAAAAAUUUGAUCAUGUAUGCUAUUCAAAUACUGCUCCUUUUUAUCAAUAUCCCAUUUAUAAAAGCUUAAUUCGCUUGAAUCUUGGCUUAAAAUAUCAAUUUUAGGAGUAUUAACACUAAACGAUAUCAUACAUCAUAAAAUGGUUAAACAAUUCAAAAAAUGUUGUUCACAUAAUACAUAAUAAACUACGCUCGCACCACAAUCUUAAGUACAUGUAAAUUUACCAAUGACGGCAUCAUCACCUACUCUACCAUUAACUACUUUAAAGCCAAUAUGAAUGGUAAUUGUUUUGACAUAAUAAGACUGUGUUUUAACAAGUCAACACCACAUAUUGACAAGAUAUCGCGACGGGUUGACAUAAUAAGACACCAUGUAAAGAAGACAGUAAGAAAUGUAACAACGUUAGACAGCUAUGGCGUUCCAUAAAAACAUUGUUUUAGUAACUUCUUGUACAAAAUGUAAAUGGUUAAACAUGAGAAAAUCUAUGAAUGGCUGGUACUCUUUUUGCAUAAACUGAAAUUUUGUGUAAAUCAUAGGUUUAAUUGGGAUAAUUGUUAUAUAUGGGAUUAGUACACUUGCAACGAGUUUCUUAAUAUGUUCGUUGCCAUCUUCAAAAUUGAGUAACACUCAAGUUUGUAGCAUAAGGAUUUAAAGGUGUUUUACACAUUAAUAACAAACAAUUAUUUCUUAAUCAUAUGUUUAUACUUUACUGUAACCCAUGUCACUCUUGAGCCUUUUAAUAUUCCCAAACAAAUGCUUCAGUCAGCAGAAAAGGAACUUGAUUGAUUGUUCAGUAAACUUUAUAGGCAUGUGAAUUAACUAAAUAAAACGCGUAUUGUUGAUAGUGGUUGGCUACUUUUUUGUAUCUCAAAACUGUAAAUACCUGACUGUAAACGGACUUUUUUGGUAUGAUAUGCAUGGUAGUGUGUAGAACUUUGAACAAUGUUAAGGAUCUAUUUUUUUUUCAAAAUCUUAUAACAUGUCAAAUUGAAAUUUUAGCAUUGCAUCAUAAAUAAAAGUUCAGCUUCUUUAUGGUGAACAGAAAUGUCUAUGGUACAUGUAUAUUUUCAAAUUGUUGUUAUUGUUGAUGUGCAUUAUAUGCUAUGAAUACUAUCAAUAUUAAUAUUGUUUAUUAUGAAUACCAUGCUUUCAAAUGAAAUACAUGCAAAUACAUAGGGGUAAAAUUAGAUAAUCACAUCUCACAUCUUACAUGCGUGCAUUGAAAAUCAGAUAAUUUCCAUUGUUAGUAAUUUUUUUUGAUGGAAUUUACUGUUACUGAUUUAUAUCGACUUACAGGUGAAUUAGUCGGUGUUGGUGAUACAUUUAUUUGUUAAAUUGACAAUAUUUGUAACAAGAUGAUGGAGAUUGUAUGUAUAUAUAUAAUGUAUAAGUAUAUGUAGAUGCACACAACAAAGCAUAAACACAUGUUCUUGAUUCUUAAAUAAGGUGCCUUUUUCAAACUUACUAUGUCAUUGUUGAACUCGUGUUGUAUGUGAGUCUCUGUUUAUCUUUUCCAGUCUGUGUUCUUCAUAUCACUUGCUUGAAUCUUGUUAUGUAUGAGGAUUAUGUCUACAAUUUGGACUGUGAUAUUGUUAAUGUCUUUUAAAAGCUGUUUAUUUCCUUGCAAAUGAGUGAUAAAUUUAUUUCAGUUUGAUUGUUGUUGUUAUGAGAAUAAAACAAUAUUUCAAACGAA